AUGCGCCUCCCGUACGCGCCGUCGACCCCUCCGCCCGACUCGCCCGCGUCGGUCGCCGAGAUCUACGCGCGCAUCGCGGCGCGGCGCACCCCGCGGCCCCUGAUCCCGCUGGACCUGACGCUGCUGCACUCGCCGCCGGUGGCGAGCGGGUACAACGCGUUCGUGGGCGCGCUGCGCACCGAGACGGUCGUGCCGCCGGCGCUGCUCGAGCUGGCCGUCUCGCGCGUCGCCAUCCUCACCGGCGCGGUCUACGAGUGGAACAUCCACGCCGCGCUGGCGCUCAAGGCCGGGCUGUCGGCGGAGGCCCUAGCGAUCGCCCACGACGCGCCCAAGGGGCAGGUGGGAGGGCAAGACAAGGAGGCGCUGAGUGAGACAGAGGUCGCCGUGCUGCGGUACACCGACGAAGCCACCGUCGACGUCAGGGUGCAGGACGACACCUUCGAGGCGCUCAAACGGCUCUUCACGCACCGCGAGAUCCUCGAGCUGGCCACCGUCGUCGCGGGAUACAACGCCGUCAGCCGCAUUCUCGUCCCGCUGGACGUCGGCGAGAACAACGACAAGCCCAUGAAGACGGUGGCCGAGCUGGUCGCCGCUCUCUGA